AUGAGGGACCUUGACAUUAAGUUCUUGCCUCAGGGUAAGUCUGUCUGCCUCCUUGACGAGUACGACUGUGGCUGCCAGCGCCCUGAGGCAUGGUGGUCAUCCCGCUGCCACGGGGUCCGCUUCUUUGACAGGUUGAAGAAUGCCUCAUCUGAUGAAAAACAAAUGUUUAAAAGUGAAACAGACUUGGACAUUACUGCUGAUCUCAGAAAGAAACUCCAUCGGGCUAAGAAAGAAAAAUUAGAAAUAACAACUAAGCACAAUGCAGAGCUGGCAAGCUACGAGAGCCAGAUUGCCAAGCUGCGAUCUGAGGUUGAAAAAGGAGAGGCAUUGCGACAAAGUCUGGAAUAUGACCUGGCCGUUGCUAGAAAGGAAGCUGGUCUCGGGAGACGGGCUGCUGAAGAAAGAUUAGCUGAGGCACAUAGGAUCCAAGAAAAACUCUGUGCUCAGAAUGCAGAACUUCAAGGAAAGGCUAAUGAGAUCGAGAAGGCAUUCCAGACUUCCCAGCUGAAGUGGAAAGAAGAAUGCAGAAAAUUUGAACAUGAUUUGGAGGAAAGAGACAAUAUAAUUCAAAAUUGCAACCGAGAAUAUGAUUUACUUAUGAAAGAAAAAAGCAGACUAGAGAAAACUGUACAGGAAGCGUUGGAAAAACAUCAGCAGGAGAAGAAUGAGAUGGAGUCUCAUAUCAGGGAGACAGCACUGGAGGAGUUUAGAUUACAAGCAGAACAAUGGGAAGCAGAAAGAAGAGAGUUACAAUUUAUAGUACAGGAGCAAGAUAAUGCUGUACAAAAUAUGCACAAGAAGGUAGAAAAAUUAGAAACUGAGCACAUGGAUUGCUCUGAUCUUCUACGGCGACAAACAAGUGAACUUGAAUUUAGCACUCAACGAGAAGAACGUCUUAGAAAAGAAUUUGAGGCAACUACUCUAAGAGUGAGGAAAUUAGAAGAAAAUAUUGAAGCAGAGAGAGCCGCACAUUUGGAAUCAAAAUUUAAUUCUGAAAUUAUUCAGUUACGGAUUCGAGACCUUGAAGGUGCUUUGCAGGUAGAAAAGGCCAGCCAAGCAGAAGCUGUUGCAGAUUUGGAAAUGAUCAAGAAUGAAUUCAAAGAAGUUGAAAGUGCAUAUGAGCGAGAAAAGCAUAACGCACAAGAGAGCUUUGCAAAACUGAGUUUAUUAGAAAGAGAGUAUGUCUCCAAAAACAAGAAACUAAAUGAAGAGAUCGACGAACAGAAGAAAAUAAUUAUAGACCUUUCAAAGAGACUCCAGUAUAAUGAAAAAAGUUGCAGUGAAUUACAGGAAGAACUUGUAAUGGCUAAGAAGCACCAGGCCUUUCUAGUAGAGACAUGUGAAAAUAACGUGAAAGAAUUGGAAUCGAUCUUGGACAGCUUUACUGUGUCGGGCCAGUGGACAUCAGGCAUCCACAAGGACAAAGAUAAACCUCCCAGCUUCUCUGUUGUCCUUGAGACUUUGAGGCGUACCUUGACAGAUUACCAGAACAAGCUGGAAGAUGCAUCUAAUGAGCUAAACAGCAUGAAUGAUGCUAAGGAAAAGGCAUCGAGUGAACUUGAUUCUACCAAACAGAAGAUAGAAUCUCACACUAAAAAUAUAAAGGACCUUCAGGAAAAACUGGCCGAUGUCAGUAGAGAGUUAAGUCAUUUACGCACUAAAUGUGCAGACAGAGAGGCUCUCAUCAGCACGUUGAAAGUGGAACUACAGAAUGUGCUGCACUGUUGGGAGAAAGAAAAGGCUCGAGCAGCGCAAUCGGAGAGUGAACUGCAGAAGCUUGCCCAGGCUUUCCAGAAGGAUACCGAGGAGAAGCUAACCUUUCUUCAUACCUUGUAUCAGCACUUGAUAGCAGGCUGUGUGCUCAUGAAACAACCAGAAGGCAUGCUGGAUAAAUUCUCUUGGACCGAGCUUUGUGCAGUCUUGCAGGAGAAUGUUGAUGCCCUGAUCGCAGACCUCACCAGGGCUAAUGAGAAGAUAAGUCACCUGGAGUAUAUCUGUAAAAACAAGUCUGAUACGAUGAGAGAACUUCAGCAGACCCAGGAAGACACCUUUAACAAAGUGGCCGAGCAGAUCAAAGCCCAGGAGAGCUGCUGGCACAAACAAAAGAAGGAACUGGAGCUGCAGUACUCUGAGCUCCUCUUGGAGGUGCAGAGGAGGGCACAGAAAUUUCAAGAAAUUGCUGAAAAAAAUAUGGAAAAAUUGAAUCGUAUUGAGAGGUCACAUGAACAGUUGGCUCUUGAAAAUUCACGCUUCAAACACAUGUUAUCACAGACUCAAAGGGAACAAACAUCGUUGCUGGCAGCCUGUGCAUUGAUGGCUGGUGCCUUAUAUCCUCUCUACAGCCGAUCGUGUGCCUUAUCUACACAGAGAGAUUUUCUCCAGGAGCAGGUCAACACCUUUGAGUUGUUCAAACUGGAAGUUAGGACUCUAGCCCAGGCUUUGUCAAGUGUAGAUGAAAAGAAGCAAGAGGAAGCCAAGAUGAAGAAAAAACCAUUCAAAGGAUUGAUACGUGUGUUCCGGAAAGGUGUUAUUGCAAUUUUGGCAGCAAAUAGGCUCACGAUUUUGGGCCAAUCAUGUGCCUCUCUUUUUACCUGGAUGGAAAGUUUCAAAGAAGGUAUAGGCAUGUUAGUGUGUACAGGAGAGCCCAAAGACAAGCAUAAAUUUCCAAAGCAUCAGAAGGAGCAGUUACGUUGUUUGCAAGCGCUCAGUUGGCUUACCAGUUCUGACCUCCUAGCCGCAAUAAUUACCUCUAUGGCUGAGUUACAGGAAGUCAUUAGUAAAACAGAUCCAAAUUCCAGAAUUUGUGGACAUUUACUCAUAGGUGCAGCCAAGAAUUCUUUUGCAAAACUCAUGGAUAAAGUUAGUCUGGCCAUGGAGAGUAUACCUUUGCAUAGUAGCAGGAGUAUUACAUACAUAGAAAAAGAUUCUCUGGUUCAGAGGUUGGCUCGUGGACUUCAUAAAGUAAAUACGCUGGCCCUGAAGUAUGGUCUACGUGGCCAUGUGCCCAUUUUGAAAAGCACGGCAUCGUUACAGAAGCAAAUAUUUGGAUUUACACAAAGACUGCACGCAGCAGAAGUGGAACGCCGCUCACUGCGCUUGGAGGUCACAGAAUUUAAACGAAAUGUGAAUGAAAUGAAAAAGGAACUUGACAAAGCCCAGGGUCUCCAAAUGCAAUUAAAUGAAUUUAAGCAGUCUAAACUGAUCACCCACGAGAAGUUUGAAAGUGCAUGUGAAGAACUGAAUAAUGCAUUACUUCGGGAACAACAGGCUCAGAUGCUGCUGAACGAGCAGGCACAGCAAUUGCAGGAGUUGAAUUAUAGACUUGAACUGCAUUCCAGUGAGGAAGCUGACAAAAACCAAACUCUAGGAGAAGCUGUUAAGAGUCUCUCCGAGGCAAAGAUGGAGCUGAGAAGAAAAGAUCAAUCUCUGCGUCAGCUCAAUAGACAUCUCACCCAGCUGGAGCAGGACAAGCGUCGGCUGGAGGAGAACAUCCACGAUGCAGAGAGUGCCCUCCGCAUGGCAGCCAAAGACAAAGAAUGUGUUGCUAAUCAUAUGAGAACAGUAGAAAAUAUGCUUCAUAAGGUCAGAGAUCAGAUCUCGCUGUCACGGACUGCGGCAAGUAGGAAUGACUUCACCCUGCAGCUACCCAAACUGCACCUGGAGACCUUUGCAAUGGAGGGGCUCAAGGGCGGGCCAGAGGUGGUAGCGUGCCAGGCUAUGAUUAAAAGUUUCAUGGAUGUCUACCAGCUUGCAAGCGCUAGAAUUGCUACAUUAGAGAAGGAAAUGACAUCUCACCGAAGUCACAUUGCAACGUUGAAAUCAGAACUUCACACGGCUUGUUUACGUGAAAAUGAAAGUUUACAAUCAGUAGGAUCACGAGACCAUUCAAAUCUCUCCAUUCCUUCAAGAGCUGCUCUUCCCGCGGAAGCAGUUGGUGUGGGGGAUUUCUUGCCAUUGCAAGCUGAACUGGAUACAACUUACACUUUCUUAAAGGAGACACUGAUAAAUCCGCUGAUGUCAUCUCACUCCUCUCCAGCGACUAUGUCUGCUAAUGCCAAACGACCAACUCAGAUUGGAUAA